UUUUAAGGGGAAAAAAUAGUUUCUCACAAAAGUAGAGCUAGAAAAAUUUCAUUGGCUUUAAAAUGAUUAAAUAUUUGUCAGUAUUCAUCUCGGGUUUUACAGUCCUUUACAGUCACCUGGGGACUCUUUAAAGUCUCCUGAAAAAAAUUUAAAUGUUGGAAUUUUAUCUGACUGUUUUCAGGGUUACUAAAUGCCAAUUUAGAUGUUUUAGACAUGAAAAGUAUUGUACUCUCUCAGUUGGAGCUUCACUAAAAUCCAAGUAGAUAGCUCCCUCAUGUGGAGAAAAGAUUUAAAGCCACAUCGUCUCAGUCUUUAGAGCUGAUGACAAAGUCCUUCCUCAAAAAGCUUUAGAUUAACUUAGACAUGCAAAGAAGCCGCCAGUUAAAAUAGGAAGUGCAGUUGCAGAAAUAAAAGCCACAUAAGAGGAGCAUUAAAUGAAAGAUUGCUUUGGACUGACCUCUGUGCGAUCUGUGCAAAAGUAGCUGUCAAGUAAAGAUGAUGCGAGCUGUCCUCUUCCUGCUUCUGCUCAACACCUCGGCCUGCUGUGGUUUUGGCUUUAAAGGGUGCUCUCUGAACUUCCCCAUGACAGAUGUUAUAUGGUGCUUCAACCAGAACAUCGCUAACCUCUCUGAUGUUGUUAGCAUGAUACCAGAUAACAUAACAACCAUCAACCUGUCCAAGAACAAGAUCAGGGUCAUCCCCCCUGGAUCAUUCAGUCAGAUGCUUGGGCUUAAAUGCCUGGACCUGAGCCAGAACCAUCUGUUCUCUCUAAAAGGAGGAGAAUUCAGAGGCUUGGUUGUCCUGGAAUGUCUCAACCUCACCUGCAACAACAUCUCACACAUUCACUCUAAUGCCUUUGAUGGACUCACCAGGCUACAAACACUGCUUCUGAUCCACAACGUACUUGCAACAAUCUCUCCGAGUAUCUUUAAGUCCCUUCCAGCCAUUCAAGAAGUCAAUCUGUCCCUGAACAAGCUCAAGGCCUUCAGCUGUGGGGACUCUGGUGGUUCCGCCACUCUUUUGCGGCUCGACCUUUUCGCAAACAACAUCCUGAGGGUUAAUGUGACCUGUUUCCCUGCCCUUGAGUACAUCAGGCUGUCCAACAACUCAAAACUGGAGCUGCAGGCUGAUGUUUUUGCCUCCAACCCUAGGCUGAAGAGUCUGCUUUGUCAGGGAGUUAAAGCAGAAGUGCUGGUGGGACUCUUGGCGGAGACAAAGAAAAAUCUCUCUUGGGUUGCGUUUUCUUUGUUUGUGGAGAAAUCUCCACUGACUAUCUGUGGAAUGUUAAAAGGAAUGGACCAGCUUGAGAAAGUUGAGGUUGACUUAAAAGGAUCCAGGUUACCUCGGGCUAACUACAGCCUGCUGGACUGUGACACUCCACCCGUGGUUGUUAUUGAGGAUGCAAACCUUGGGAAUGUUGCUCAGUUGUUUUUGGGUAGGGGUAAUACGAGCAAACUUUAUCUCAUCAACUGUGGGUUGAAGCAGAUAUCUUGUACUACAUUUGAUGGCUACCGAAGCCUGAAAAUGCUGCAGCUGAAUCAUAAUAAGCUCGACAUUCAGAGGGACACAUUCAAAGGCCUGACCCACCUCACGUUUUUAAGCUUUGACACGAGCAAAAUCCGUGACAUUGACCCCAACUGGUUCGUCCCUCUGAAGAGUCUGACUCGCCUGUCUCUCGUGAAAAAUGAAAUCACUGAGUUGACACCAAAGGUAUUCAGUGCCCUAACUCGACUUGAGCAGCUCUACCUGCAGUUCAACCUGCUGAAGUACAUCACCAAAAAGCCCUUCAGUAAGCUACGGAGGCUAACGAAGCUCAACCUCAGCUUAAACAUUAUUGAUUUCAUCGAAGUCGGCACCUUCCGAGACCUGACGAGGCUUACAUACCUGGACUUAAGUGGGAAUCGGAUCAAGAUGCUGACACCAUAUAUUCUGUCUGGCCUGAUCAAUUUGAGGAAAUUUGUUCUGUACAACAACCGCCUCAAUUUUAGAUCCUAUGAAGCUCCUUUCAUAAACCUUACUUCUCUGGAGUAUCUGGAGAUGAACUACCAGGGUCCCGGGGGUCAAGGCAUUGGUAUCAUCGGACCGCAUUUCUUCCAAGGUCAACGUAGACUUAUCUCUGUUGCCAUCGGGCACAGCAUCCUGCUCGACUUCCAUCCCGAUGCCUUUGUUCCUCUGGUCAAUUUGAAAUACCUGUACAUAGCUGGUGUUGUUAUGAAAACGACCAACCUGAGCACAGUGUUCUCCCCUCUGAAAAAUCUGAAGAAGCUGACUCUUUACAGAGCAGACCUUGAUGCUCUGCCUGCUAACCUGAUGCCACCAGAUAAUACACUCGAGAUUCUCAAAGUCCAGUCAAACCACCUGCACACUGUGGACGAAACUAUGCUGGAUGCUCUCCCAAGAUUGCGUUCUUUGGACAUUACAGAAAACCCACUUACCUGUACCUGUGAUAAUGCCUGGUUCAAGACCUGGGCCAUCCACAACACUCAUACACAGGUGUCCUAUUUGUACAGCCUGCACUGUGACAAUGACAGGAGAUCUGCCUUCUUGUGGCAGUUUGACGAUAAGGCCUGCUCCUAUGAUCAGGUUUCCUUCACUCUCUUCAUCACCUGCUCUGUGAUGGACAUGUUGUUUGCAUGUGUGUGUCUGGCCUGGCACACACAAGGCCCCACUCUGCGCUACCUGCUGCUCGUCCUGAGGGCAAAACUACGUGGACAUAGAAGGGCAGCAGUGACCAAAUUCCAGUAUGAUGCAUUCAUCUCCUACUGCUCCAAGGAUGAGGCCUGGGUGAUGGAAGAGCUGGUGCCCAAUCUAGAGAGGCCUGCUGGUGGUGAACCGAGGCUCAGGCUGUGCCUUCACCACAGAGACUUCCGCCUUGGCGCUGCUGUUCUGGCGAACAUCGAGGCCGCCAUUCACAGUUCUCGCCACACCAUCUGUGUGGUGACACGUCACUUCCUCCAAAGUGAGUGGUGCUCCGUGGAGUUUCAGUUGGCCAGUUUGAGGCUUUUAUGUGAUGGCAGUGAUGUCCUGCUUCUGGUGUUCCUGGAGGAGAUACCUGAACACUGUCUGUCUCCCUACACACGAUUACGCAAGAUCGUACACAAGAACACCUACCUGCUGUGGCCUGAGAAACCACAGGAACAGGACGCUUUCUGGGUCAGACUGAUCGAUGCUUUAAAACACAAUGAGGAGGGAGGAAGAGGUGGAGAACAUGAGUUGGCAUAGCUAAUUGGCUAAACCAAAUGAUAAUAAUUUCAACAUACCCACAAUUAUCUGUUCAUGACCUGUAUAGUGUAUUGUGAAUUGUUUUGGUAAUUUUUGACGAUGUAAUUGUAAAUGAUUAUAUAUUAUAUUAUAUUAUUUUGUCGAUUAAUCGUUUGGUCUAAAAAUGUCAGUAAAUACUGAGAAAUAUCCAUUCCAGUUUUUCAAAGUCCAAUGUAAUUUCUUGAAAAUCAGGAAGUCUAUGUUUGAGUGGCUGAAAACAACAUUUUUGCAUGAAAAAUUACUUAUACGAUUCAUCUGUUAUUAAAACAGUUAGCGAUCAUUUUUUGGUCGAUCUACAACUUGAUUAGUCGACUGAUUGUUGCAGCUCUAAUAGUAUUGUAGUACUAGUGAUAUAGUAUGAAAUGAGGAUGUCAUAGUAUAGUAUGAAAUAAAAUAAAUGAAUUGAUUUGUCAUAAAAAUGUCAAAGUAUAUACCAUGAAAUACUUUCAUAGUAUAGUCAGCUAUAAAAUAUGUUAUAAUGCCAUAAUAUGGCAUUCCAUGAAAAAAAUCAUAAACAUUUCAAAAUAUUAAUAAAAGUC